CUCGAGCAACAGGGCGUGGACUCGCCGAGACGCUAUAACGGUCCUUCUUUCCUGCAUUAUCACUCCAUCCAUCUCGUCUUCGCUUGCAGUGCGCUCUCCUCCUCUUCUUCUUCUCUUCUCCUCUUCUUCUUCUCCUCUUCUUCUCUCCUCUCAGCUGCAAAAAUGCGCGAAAUCGUGCACCUGCAAGCCGGACAGUGCGGCAACCAGAUCGGAGCAAAGUUCUGGGAGGUGAUCAGCGACGAGCACGGCAUCGACCCGACUGGGACGUACCACGGAGACAGCGACCUGCAGCUAGACAGGAUCAGCGUCUACUACAAUGAGGCUACAGGUGGGAAGUACGUACCCCGUGCCAUCCUCGUGGAUCUGGAGCCCGGCACCAUGGACUCGGUCCGCUCCGGCCCCUUCGGACAGAUCUUCAGACCCGACAACUUUGUGUUUGGACAAAGUGGUGCUGGAAACAACUGGGCUAAGGGCCACUACACUGAGGGGGCGGAGCUUGUCGACUCUGUGCUGGAUGUGGUGCGUAAGGAGGCGGAGAGCUGCGACUGCCUGCAGGGUUUCCAGCUCACUCACUCUCUGGGCGGCGGCACCGGCUCAGGAAUGGGCACACUGCUCAUUAGCAAAAUCCGCGAGGAAUACCCCGACCGCAUCAUGAACACGUUCAGCGUGGUGCCCUCGCCCAAAGUGUCCGACACAGUGGUGGAGCCCUACAACGCCACGCUGUCCGUGCACCAGCUGGUAGAGAACACAGACGAGACCUACUGCAUCGACAACGAGGCACUUUACGACAUCUGCUUCCGCACGCUCAAGCUGACCACGCCCACUUACGGCGACCUGAACCACCUGGUCUCAGCCACCAUGAGCGGAGUCACGACCUGCCUGCGUUUCCCCGGGCAGCUGAACGCAGAUCUGCGCAAGCUGGCCGUCAACAUGGUGCCCUUCCCACGUCUGCACUUCUUCAUGCCCGGGUUUGCUCCUCUGACCAGCAGGGGAAGCCAGCAGUACCGCUCUCUGUCCGUACCCGAGCUCACGCAGCAGAUGUUCGAUGCCAAGAACAUGAUGGCAGCCUGCGACCCACGCCACGGCCGCUACCUCACCGUGGCCGCCGUCUUCCGAGGCCGCAUGUCCAUGAAGGAGGUGGAUGAGCAGAUGCUAAACGUGCAGAACAAGAACAGCAGCUACUUUGUUGAGUGGAUCCCCAACAACGUCAAGACAGCCGUGUGUGACAUCCCGCCACGCGGCCUCAAGAUGGCCGCCACCUUCAUCGGCAACAGCACGGCCAUCCAGGAGCUGUUCAAGCGCAUUUCUGAGCAGUUCACUGCUAUGUUCAGGCGCAAGGCUUUCCUGCACUGGUACACCGGAGAGGGCAUGGACGAGAUGGAGUUCACCGAGGCCGAGAGCAACAUGAACGACCUGGUCUCCGAGUACCAGCAGUACCAGGACGCCACCGCAGAGGAGGGCGAGUUCGAGGAGGAGGGCGAAGAGGAGGUCGCUUAAAUCUAAACCGCGCCCUUUCCCCCCUUUCCAUCCAUCCAUCCAUCCACCCUUAUCUUCAUCUCAAUUCAGGUGUUCACAAAAUAAUCGAAGGGUUUUUUCCACAUCUCCGGUUGCAAUCAUGGUCCUUACAGCUGUGACAUUUUCAAUAAAUCGUGCAACUUUUUUUUUCAUUUGUCUUCGUGUUUUUGUACAUUGUGAGUUCACUGCAUCAUCUUCACCUGCACAAGAAAAGAAGGUAUAUCAACUGUGAAGCCUUCAGAUGUGUGAUUAACUUAACUUGUGUCAAGAUCUGAAUAAAGGCUAAUUCUACACCCAA